AUGACUCAUUAUAAUCAAAACCAAGAAAAUAAAGAAGGAAAUGCAAAUCAAAAUGAAGUAGUUAAUAAAGAAGGAAAUGCAAAUCAAAAUGAAGUAGUUAAUAAAGAAGGAAAUGCAAAUCAAAAUGAAGUAGUUAAUAAAGAAGGAAAUGCAAAUCAAAAUGAAGUAGUUAAUAAAGAAGGAAAUGCAAAUCAAAACCAAGAAAAUAAAGAAGGAAAUGCAAAUCAAAAUGAAGUAGUUAAUAAAGAAGGAAAUGCAAAUCAAAAUGGAAUAGUUAAUAAAGAAGAAAAUACAAAUACUAAUCAAGUAGAUCAAGAACAAAAAAUAAAUCAAAAUGAAACAGAAAUUCAAAAUAAUCCAAUUGAAGUUAAAAACAUAUUGAAUGAAGAUUUACAACAUAAAAAUGAAAUACAAACAAUAGAAAUGACAACUCAAAAUGAAAAUCAAUCAGAAAAUGAUAUGAAAGCAAUUGUUAAAUUGAAUUCAAAAGAUGUUGAAGUGAAAUUUGAAGAAAGAAUAAAUUUGGAUUCUUCGCCAAAAGAAUUCGAAGAUUCUAGUUCAAAUCUUUCUUCAAACAGACUUGAUUCUGCUGCAAAAUUUGAUGAAAUUGUACAGAAACAAACAGAUCUGAUGAACUUGCAAUCAAAUGACACAUAUAAUUCUAAUCCGAUCAAUUCAUUUGGUCCAAAUCAAAAUGAUUUAUUGAAUUCUUUAAAUAUCGAAUCGAACAAAUUAAAGUUCGAAGAAACAAAGAAGAAAUAUGAAUACAUGAAACAAAUUACACCAAUGAUAACAAGCGAAUCCAUGAAAAGUUGUCUCGAUUCAGUCAAGAAAUCACGUGAAGACAUUUUGAUUUAUGAAAGAACAAGAUAUUUGUUGCCUUUCUUGAAUCCAGAAAAAUAUCCAAAAUCAAUUCGACCUCAAAAGAAAGAACAUAUUCACAUUUUGACACCAAAAUUAUUGCAAUACAAUGAAAUAUCGCCAAUUUUCAUGCAGCAUAUUUCUAUUUUGAUCAAUUAUAUUCAUGCUAAUCCUGAGUUAUUCGCUAAAGGAAUUCUUGAAAGGUCAAACAAAGAAGAUUUUUCUUAUAUAACAAAUGUUUUGGUUCCAACUUUAUAUGGUUUCUUUGUUUCUCAUGAGUAUUUCUCGAAUGCGUUUAUAUUCUAUGCUCAUAUUGUAAGGCUUUGCAAACCAGCUGUUUGCAUGCAAGUUGUCUCUCCUUAUUUCUGUUCAAUUGGAUCAUUCAGAUUCAUUGAACAAAUCAUGUCAAAAUUUGCUCUAAAAUUUCAAAACGAAAUUGGUUUUGACAAUCCACAAAAAGUUCCUUUGCUGAUGUCUGUUUAUGUGAAUAUAUUGGCAGAGAUGAUCAUUAAUGACCGAAAACUUCUUCCAAGUCAAAUAAAGAUCAUUUUAUAUGGUGCAAAAACUCAAAAAUGGCCAAAAGAAGAUUUAAUUUCAUUGUUUUUCGAUAAAUUCUUCACACCUAUGGCUAUUCAUUGGUCAGAAGCAUCAACAUGCUCUCCUUACACUCCAUUCUUGAAGAUGAUUAUUGAUAAUAUCACGAAAAACUCAAAUUUGGCUAUGAGCAUCAUCAACAAGUUUUUACAUGAAAGUUCUUAUUCUGAAUUGCCAAGUUUUUAUUCUCCUUUCAAACAAGAGUUUAGAAUGUAUAUAUUGUCACAUGCAGAAGCUGAAUACGCAAUUAAGAUCGUGAAGAGUGUUGUUGAUCUUCCAAUAACACUCAAUGAAUUAAUCCAUCAUCAAGUACAUCCUGAUGAAAGACAUAGACCUUUCUUCAGCUGUGUUUUCCCGAAAAAUCAAAAAAUGCUUCCAUUGAAAUUCAGACCUUUGUUGUUCCCUGAAUCAAUAAAUCCUGAAUAUCCAGAGAACCCAGAACUCGAGAGAGUUGUACGAGAAAUACAAAAUUCGAAAGAUGAAAAUCUCAGAAAUUAUGCUUUAUUCAGAGCAAUUUCAGAUAUUCAAAAACAGCAAGAGAAUUUUGAAGUUUUCAUUUGGUUCUCUGUUCACAAGAACAUCAUCGACGAAUGGAGAGAAGUAUCUAUGAGAUCUCAUGAAUGCGCUUUGCGUCCUUUGGCCUAUAAAUCAUUAAGUAGUUUGCAAGUCAAUGGAAUUGAAAAUUGCUUGAAAUUAUUGAGUGAUUCUUUCGGAACUCCUAACUUGCAAAGGAACCUUUUCAUGUUCAUGAUCAUUCCUAAGAUCAAUAGCACACGUGAGAAGGUAUCAAAGAAAAGCAGUGGAUUGACUGAAUGGUGGAAGAACUACAUUGAAAAACAAAUCAAAACUCUUGACACCAAAAACUUUUUGGAUAAAAGAUCAAAUAUCGUCAAAAAGCAAUAUUGGGAUGCUGUCGAAUACCUUAAGAGUGUCAUGAGAGUUCCAGCUUCAUUGGCUUUGGAUGUUAUCAAUCAGGCAGUUAAAAGAUUGAGAAAUAUUUCUAGAGACAAAGAAGAAUUGAACUUCCUUUUCAGCAUGGCCUGCGCAAUGUCUCAAUUCAAACAAUUGCUUGAAGUAUUCUUGAUUAUCAAUGAAAUAGUUGUGAAAGACUCUCUUUUCAAGAAAAUGAUGUCUGAUGAAGAAAUAAUGAACUGGACAAUCAUUGAAAGGUUCAUUCUGAAAGUGACAUCAACUGAUCUUUCUAUUCAGAAGAGUUACUUAAAUUUACAAAAUUCAAUCAGAAUUUAA